AUGGAUGAAGAACCCAUAAUUUACAAUACACUUAACCAGGAUUUUCAGCAAAGGCACACACCAAAAAAUAAUAUUAAGCAUAAACUUAGUCCAAAUGAAUUGACCAAGAAGGAGCUGGAACACCAGAAACCUUGUAAAACACAGCACAGAAAUAUAGCAGAUGUCAAUGUCAAAGGAGACAUCUCCCUUCUUCCAUGGAGGCUUGUUUCUAGUGUGCUGGGUGUCAUGUGCCUUCUCCUAACAGCCAUAGCCAUUGCAGUCGCUGUUUUUACUGCAAACUCAUCUUCCAAACAAUCACCUCUCAUAAUCCAGCAGAAAGAGAAUCUGUGUCUCGGACCUCAUUGUCAUUCUUGUCCAGAGAAUUGGGUUUGGUUCAGAUGCAGCUGUUACUACUUCUCCAAGGAAGAGUUAACUUGGAGAGAGAGUCAACGUGUCUGUUCAUCUCUAAAUUCCAGUCUCAUAAAGAUAAACAGGGAGGAGAUGCAUUUCUUCUCUUUAAAAUCUUUCUUUUGGAUCGGAGUCUACUAUAAUGAAACUGACAGGCACUGGCUGUGGGAAAAUGAUUCAGUUCUUCCCUCUGAUAUGUUUCAUCUUCCUACACCUCCAUUAAAACAUGCCUGCCUAUCUUACAAAUCAAGAGAAGCCUAUUUAGGUGAAAGCUGUGAAAUUAAACAGAACUACAUUUGUAAGAAUCACCUUAUUUAUUCUAUAAAUUCACAGAAAAGAUGAGCAUUACUCUUAUCUAACUCUAUGUCUUGAAAGAAUUGUCAAU